AUGGACGUAGAUUUACAAGAGUUACAACGCAAAUCCGUUAUGGAAAUGCUUCAACUUCCUACCUCUGAUACUGACUAUAAUGAUGUAAAGACAUGGAAGAUGUUGAUUUAUGAUGAAGAAUCUAGGCAAAUUUUAUCACCGAUUAUAAAAAUAGGUGAACUUCGUCAUCAGGGUGUGACGUUGAAUAUGUCCAUAAAUGAUAAAAGAGGAGCUGUUCCUACCGUAGAUGCUGUUUAUUUGAUCACUCCGUCCGAAAAAAAUAUUGACAUGAUCAUCAAUGAUGCCAGGGAAAAAAAAUAUGGUAGGAUACACAUAAACUUUACCACAUUUACAUCUGAUACAUACCUAAGUGAUCUUGCCAAAAAAUUUGUGGAAAAAAAUGCUUUCAAUGCGGUUGCAUCAGUGACAGAUCGAUAUUUGCAUUUUGUCGCAAUCUCUCCACUAAUAUUUUCGCUAAAUAUGCCUUCAAGUUUCCAGACAUUUUAUGGCAAUGUGACUGAAGAAAUGGCAGCUGAAUCUUUGGAUAUAUUAGUUGAUCGUUUAUUGUCUAUUAUUGUAACUACUGCUACACUUCCCAUAAUUAGGUCCCCUAGAAUCACAUCUCCAGCUUCAACUGUUGCUGAGAAGCUCAACAAAAAGUUAUUUGAUUUAAUUUCUACCAGGAAUCAGCUAGAUAUCUCCCUUUCUAGCUCACACAACAGACCUUUACUCAUAAUUUUGGAUAGGAAUAUUGAUAUUUUCCCGAUGAUUCAACACAGCUGGAACUAUCAGCCAUUGUUACACGACCUGUAUGGAAUCGAUUAUAACAAAGUUACAAUCACUACGGAAAAAUCACAGAAAAAGAACUCCUUUGAUUUGGAAAAUAAUGAUAAAAUUUACCAAUCCAUAUCGGCUAUGCCUCUGUCGGAAGUUGCAACAUAUAUUUCUACUUCGCUAGAAACAUACAAUUCCCAAAUAUCUCAAAUAAACAAGGGUGAAAGUUCGAAUGCGGGGAAUUUAGUCAAUGCUAUUAAUGCCAUUCCUCAACUAACAGAGCAGAAGAGACUUUUGGACAUGCAUACUAACAUAGCCACGGCACUUGUAGAUAAUGUUAAAGAAAGGGAUAUCGACAGAUUUUAUGAAUUCGAAUACGAUUUAGAUAUAAUGUACGAUAAAAAUUGCAUACAAAAUUUUGAUGAACUCAUUAAAAAUAAAAAUGCCACACCUAUGGAUAAAUACAGAUCUCUUUUGGCCAUGGCACUUCACAAACCAACAAUAAGUGACGAAAAACUCGAUGAAUACGAGAAAAGUUUGAAGGCAGAUGGCGGCAUAAAUAUGGAAGCCUUGAAAGGGUUACGUAAUAUUAUGAAAAUGAGAGAAUUUAGUACAAACAUUUUAAAACAUAUACAAACAGUGGUUACGUCGGAUAGUUCAUCUAAAACAGUAAGGACGGAACAUAACGCUAACAAUACUCCAAAGAAGGAAGUAUCGCAAAGUCAUAAAAAGUUGGCUAAUUAUAGUAGCAAAAUCUUGGACACUGGACUGAAUAUAUUCAAGGGUGUAAGAAAUUUACUUCCGAGGAAGAAGAAUUUGCAUAUUGUGAACCUAGUCGAGAAGUUGAUUAAUAAUAUGGAAGAUAUAUCGGAUGAUUUCGUAUCCUAUGAUCCGAAGGUUUCUGAAAAUGUAAUUUACAAGCAAAACAAGAGGGUAACAUCCAGAAGAUGCAUUGUUUUCGUAGUGGGAGGGGCAUCGUACAAUGAGGCCAUAGCAAUGACCGAACUAGCAGCAAAAAUCAAACAAACGAUUAUUUACGGGUCAACAUUUUUUGACCGACCAGAGGACUUUGUUCAUCAGUUGGGCUCCUCAAAUUUUUAA